UACGGGAGGCUGCGUGCACUCCACACCGUCCUCUGACCAUCUCGUGCUCCCUGUCGUGAACGAUGUCGAAGCAGUUCCAGUUCAAGUUGGUACUUCUCGGGGAGUCUGCUGUGGGGAAGUCAAGUUUGGUCCUGAGAUUCGUCAAGGAUCAGUUUGACGACUAUCGGGAGAGUACAAUCGGAGCUGCGUUCUUGACCCAGACUGUUACUCUGGAGGACCAGACCACCGUCAAGUUUGAGAUAUGGGAUACAGCAGGUCAGGAGCGGUAUAAGUCUCUCGCACCAAUGUACUACCGCAACGCCAACUGUGCCGUCGUUGUUUACGAUAUCACCCAAUCAACGUCUCUGGACAAGGCCAAGACUUGGAUUCGCGAGCUCCAACGGCAGGCAGACCCUAACAUCGUCAUCGCUCUUUGCGGGAAUAAGACCGACUUGGCAGCUCGUCGGCAAGUCUCGCAAGAGGAAGCACAGAAGUACGCUGAGGAGGAGGGUCUGAUGUGGGGGGAGACUAGCGCAAAGACCGGCGAGGGUGUUUCAGAGAUCUUCACCGCCAUCGCCAAGAAGCUGCCCUUAACAGCGCCUGCUCCCAAGACUACCGCGCGUGGCGCACCAGGUUCAUCAGGUCGUGGCGUUGACCUGAACAAGCAGCCCACAGCUGGUCAGAACGACGCUUGCAACUGCUGAGUGGUCAAUUCCUGCUAUUAUGAUCGCUUGGUUACAUUCGCCUUACCUCGUUUGCAUCUCCUCUGACCUAUCGGGUCGUGUCUCUUGUCUCGCUUGUUCUGUUCGUUAUGGAUCCUCUCAUUACCCUGUAGUUUAUAUGUCGAUGCAUAUACAUCCUUCUACUAUAUACUCUUUGACUCAUGGACCACCUCAUAGACGUCUGGAUGCAAGCCGGGCUACUUGGAUGUAAGUACAGGUUCGUCUUCUAAUAGAAGUCAUUCUAAACAAGAAAGGGGCAAACAAGCAAAGUCCGAUCCAUGUGUCAUGUCAGAAUCAUAGAUAAUACAUAUGGGUUGUGAUGAGUACAAAGAUAGAUCAAAGCAAGAUACAACCUAGAUGCGAAGAGUCUGCGAACCUCGCCCGCGAGCACAUACAAAACAGUGAUAGCUUCCGACCCCAAAAAGAUGCAAAGAAUAGUGAUAAAUUACCUACUCCUGUAGGUCACCCCUUCAGAACCCAGCUGCCUCCAGCCCCUUGCGUAUAUCCGCAUGGGCCAGCUCGCUCUGCUGCACCUCCUGGCUCUUGAGCCAAAACGUACUAUGGUCCUUCCCCGCCGCCUUCUGCAAAUUCGUCUCUAUGAACCCGAGGAUCGCCGCAUCCGGCGCAAACGGGUACGGCCGCCCUUGGAACCUAAGCAUUGCGCUCACCGUGUCGGCCCACUUCUGGCGCUUGUAAAAGUUGAUGAGCGGGC